AUGAGCAUGAUGCUAGCUAGUGCUGCGAGGGAGAUCCAUCGGUCCAAACUCUAUGACACAGAGAACUCUUAUGACCAGCUUAUGAGCAAUGAGCAAUCAGACAUGGAUGGCAGAGUGCAUUACGGCCGUGCCCUGUCGGGUCUAAGGGAAGCACUCAAGCGGGAUGUGAAAUCCCCACGGCAAAUCGAAGCCAUAUUUAUCACCCUUUGGUUGAUGAUAGAUUAUGAGAAUCGCUUUGGAAGUGGUGCAUCCGCCAUUAAUAUCCAUAUCCGGGGCAUCGAGACCCUCCUACACAAUAAUAUCGUGCCUUUGCUACAAGGUCAUACCCGUCUACCUGCCAUUACGGCAAAGGGUCAAGGUCCCUUGCAGGAACCCCAGGCCCAGCUAGAUAUUUCUGGCCUCCAGGAUACUGCAAGUAAUGCAGGCUUUUCUGCUCUUGGUCCUGCGCAUGGACUUGGCGGGACCUGUGUACCUCUCUUCCUCCUAUGGACGCUGUACUUCUUUACACCUGCAGCUCUGUUCUUUGGAUCUGAAACUGCACGCCUCGAUACAGAUAUUUUUAGGUUCUUUUUACGAUCUGAGACCGGUAAUACGGCCCUAAGCCUUCCCCAUCUGUACAGGUUGAGCAGGCAAUCCCCUGCCCGCUUCUGGGGUGAGGAGUAUCCGAUGUCAUCUCAGUUGGAUGAUCUGGAGAACCUUUCAGGUCUUACACUGUAUCACCGCAGCCAUGUGAUUCAAUUCAAAAUCACAGAAAUGUUUAAACAAAGCUCAACAUCGGAUAUCAGCUUUGGCGAGGGGUCUCCCUACCAACGGAUUAUCAAAGAGAUCAACACGCUGUCUAUUGAAUACGACACACUCCUCACCUCAGCCAAAAGAGCUAACAACUGUGACGUCGCCGGCGAUCGUCGCGUCAUGGAAACGGUUUUCUGGUCAGCCAUCACAUACUACGGCACAAUUGUAUAUUUCCACCUGUGUUUCCAAGAUCUUGAGAAUGAUUGGCCCAGCAUUCAAAACUACAACAGCAUCAUUCCUCUCAGCACUGCCGUGUCCCAAGUUCUCGAGCUCAGUUUGAAAUUACAUCGCAGUCGACCCCGCAUUAUGAUCCGGAUCGUUUGGCCGUUAUUUAUUGCGGGCAUUGCUACUUCAGACCAAAUCUAUCAAGACUGGGUGUCGAUCCGGUUACGAGAGCUUGGCCGAUAUGGCCAGAAUUAUGAUCGCAUUUGUCGCCGGUUUGAGGAGAUUAUUACGGCUAAUCAGCCUAUUCCCCGUGAGAAGAGAGGCCAUUACUAUUUGGGCGGUUAG